AUGUACUGUAUUGGCACUAGGAUGAAGUUCGGAAAGAGGCUUAGAGAUCAGGAAGAGGGGACGUUGCCGGAGUGGAGAGGCAAGUUUCUUCGCUACAAGGAGCUGAAGAAGCGGCUUAAGACUAUCUCCGCUGAAUCGCCAGAACGCGAACUUGAGGGGGCAGAGCAGCCGCUAGAUUUGUGCGAUGAAUCUUCAGAUAUUGUCAGGCGUGCGCUCUUCUCCGGGUCGUCGGAAGACCCCUUUGUGCAGCUGCUGCUGUCGGAGCUGGAUCGAUUCAACGACUUUUUCGCUGAUAAGGAGGAGGAGUUUGUCAUUCGUAUGCACAACAUCAAACAGCGGAUAGCGAAUGAGGUUCCACAGAGAAGUUCUCCCGUCCAAGGAUUUGUGCUUGAUGCUGCCGAUAGUGCCGGGGUGAACAGCAUACGCCGUGCCAUUGUUGCGCUACACGGGGAAAUGGUGCUGCUGGAGAACUACAGCUCGCUCAACUAUAUGGGGCUCGUUAAAAUCGUCAAGAAGCACGACAAACGCACCAGUCACCCUUUGCGUCCGUUCUUGCGCACUGUGCUGCAGCAGCCGUUCUGUACGACGGAGCUGUUGUCGCAGUUGAUCAGCGAGUGCGAAGUGUUACUUCAUCAGCUGUUGCCUCCCAGCGAGCAAUCAUCAUGCAACCAUCCGGUAGUCACGCUUCACCAGGAUGUCCCAUCUGUUGCUUCUGAGGCACUGGAAGUGUCGCCUACCAGAGAGCCUGCCGCUGCAGAGUUUGAUUCUGACGACAACGACACAGUAGCCAUGGUGUACCGCAGUGCCUGUAGCGCCCUGCGCGCCCUGAUCGAGAUCCGCAGCAGCUCUAAGACCCCCCAUCCGAUCAUGCUGGCAGCAGCACAGCAGGGAGCGCUCUCGCCUGCAGUGCACUCCCCUACCGUCCCUGCGGAGCCUCUGCAACCCGAAGCCAGCCAAUCCAACCGUGGUGAUACUCAGGGUGGAGCAGAUGUGAUGGGCAGUGGGGGGGAGUCAAGCUGCAGUACUGAAAGGGGGAGUGCUCUGGUGAUGGUUGAGAAGUCUGCUGGCGUGCAUUGCGGGUUAGAGAGGGAGCUGGAUGCGGGAAGCACGGAGCAGGCACUUACUGUUGGCCAAUCCUAA